UUAAAAGGAGGUUAAAAGAACUCGUCUUCUCCCAGAUCUCUCCCCUCGACGCCCACGCUCCCCUCCGCUCCUCUCCCAAAUUUCAAAUUCCCACACUCCCCUUCCAUUCUCGCCGAAACCCUAACUGCCGCAGCCGCCGCCAUGGGGGGUUCGCACAGCCGGGAGGACCUCGACUUCUCCGACUCCGACGACGACGAUUCCGCCUCCCGCGCCUCCGACGCCUCCUCCGACUUCUCCACCCCGCCCCCCGCCUCCGCCCCCAAAGCGGCCAGAGCGGCGGCGACACCCGCCUCCAUCGACGCCAUCGACAACCACCUCCGCAACCUCCACCUCAAGUACUCCGAGCCCAUCUCCCCGAACCCUAGCCCCAACCCCAACCCCAGCGCCAACGCCGCCGCCCUCAAUGCGGUCAAGCUGUACCUCCACAUCGGCGGUUCCACCCCCUCCGCUCGCUGGAUAACCUCCGACCGCCUGGCCGCCGCGUCUUUCGUCCGCUCCGGCGACUCCUCCGACCCCGACGACGACGACGAGCCCACCGGGCCGUGGUGCCUCGUCGUGGGUUCCAAGAUACGGGCCAGGGUCGGGCCCGAGCUGCAGCUCAAGACGUUCCCCGCGCAGCGACGCGUAGACUUCGUCGCAGACGGUGUCUGGGCGCUCAAGUUCCUGCACGCUGAUGGCUACGGCGAUUUCAACGCCAAAUAUCAGAGCUGUCUCUUUGAGAACAGCUAUGGCGUCGCUGCCACGGAGGAGGGCCGUGCCAAGGUAUUCGGCAAGGAUUUUGCUGCGUGGGUGCGCCCGGAGUGCGGGGAUGAGUCCAUAUGGGAGGACGCGACUGAUGCGUUCUCGCCAGGCCCCAAGGGCAGCCCGAUGCCGUCACGGAGCCCGAUGAUGAGGCCUCUGAUGGAGGAUUUCAGGGAAUUUGAAGAGCCUGUGGAGGAGGGUGGUGGUGGCAUUCAGAGCCUUGCGCUAGGUGCACUGGAUAACAGCUUCCUUGUUGGUGAUUCAGGCAUUCAGGUGGUGAAGAAUUUUGAGCAUGGGAUACAUGGCAAGGGUAUCGGCGUGAAGAUAUCUGGAGGGGGCACAAACUUUACCACGCCAAAGAAAGCUCUUCUGAUGCGGGCUGAGACAAACAUGCUCUUGAUGAGCCCAGCAACUGAUGGGAAGCCACAUGCUAAGGGAGUGCAUCAACUUGACAUUGAGACAGGGAAGGUGGUCUCCCAAUGGAAGUUUGGGAAGGAUGGAACAGAAAUUAACAUGAGGGAUAUCACGAAUGAUAGCAAGGGUGCUCAGAUGGACCCAUCGGAGUCCACCUUUUUGGGAUUAGAUGACAACCGAUUGUGUCGGUGGGAUAUGAGGGACCGUCAUGGAAUUGUGCAGACCUUGGGAAGUUCAAUGGAGUCCCCUGUAUUGCAAUGGACCCAGGGGCAUCAGUUCUCCAGGGGUACAAACUUCCAGUGCUUUGCAUCAACUGGUGAUGGGUCAAUUGUAGUUGGCUCAUUGGAUGGGAAAAUCCGUUUGUACUCAAAGAGUUCUAUGAGGAUGGCGAAGACAGCCUUCCCAGGGCUCGGGUCACCAAUUACUCAUGUGGAUGUGACUUACGAUGGGAAGUGGAUACUGGGGACAACUGAUACAUACCUUAUUCUUAUUUGCACAAUUUUCAUCGACAAGGAUGGGAAGGAGAAGACUGGAUUUGGUGGAAGGAUGGGGAACAGGAUUGCUGCCCCAAGAUUGCUCAAGCUGAACCCCUUAGAUGCUCAUCUUGCUGGGAACAACAACAAAUUCCGUGAGGGCAGGUUUUCAUGGGUUACGGAGAAUGGGAAGCAAGAAAGACACCUGGUCACAACCGUUGGGAAAUACAGCGUGGUCUGGAACUUCCUUCAGGUGAAGAACAGCCACCACGAGUGCUACCAGCACCAGGAGGGGCUCAAGAGCUGCUACUGCUAUAAGGUGAUCCCCAAGGACGAGUCCAUCGUCGCCAGCCGCUUCAUGCACGAGAAGUACGCCGUGAGUGACUCCCCGGAGGCGCCGCUGGUUGUCGCCACGCCCAUGAAGGUCACCUCCUUCAGCAUAUCAAGCAGGCACUAGCUCCGUGCCUGCUGCCUCUCAUCUUUGCUCAGUUGAGUCGUUCGACGUGCUGUCAUGUAACUCUUGACUAGCGGAUUUGGAGUUUCAAGUGUGAUGAUGAUGACUGUCUGGUCGUUGAUUUUUAACUAGAUUUAUAAUUCUAUGGAUUAGUGGUAGACAUAUCAUACAACAUUGGUGACUUGUACUAAGCCUUAACUUUUAACUCACAUGUUGUAUUUCCGUCAGAGUUUGUAUGCUUCAAGGCAAUACAGUACCCUAUAUUUUUAAAUUCUUAGGUUGAGCAUUUUCC